UAAUAGAUAAAGUUUUUGGCAUGGAUAAACUGACAUUUCAAACAAUUGAAGAAAUUGAAAAUAUAAUUGAUGAUUUUUUUCAAAUGAAAAUAUGCAAAGGCCUUUCAACUAAAAAAGAUUACUGUCAUCAACUUUUAGCAACAUUAGGACAUAAAGAAUCCUCAGAAGAUCUCUGGCAUCAAAAUGGUAUUUUAGGCAAAAGCAUUGCACAUUCAUCUAAACAAUUAUUAACUGAAAUAAUUUUAAAACAUAAUAUAAUCAAGCAAAAAUCUGUUGAAAUUAAACAAUUACAAGAAUCUAUAUCUACAGAAAUGAGUAAUUUAAUAAAAAAUGCUCAUUUGUUGAGCUAUAUCAGUUAUACUAAUGCAGGAACAUCUGUUUACAAUACAAUUAAGUCAAUAAUGCAUAUGCCUUCAAUUUCAACCUUAAAAGAUUAUAUGAACGUUAAUGAAGCAAAAACUGGAUGGCAUGAUGAAAUUGGAGAACAGUUUUUAUAUCUAUAA